GUCACUGGAGUGUUCACGGAGUGUGCUGUGAUCAAUGUGGGCUUCAAACGUGCUCACGUCGAUAUUGUGCAUGUAGCUUUUGGCUUUGAUGCCGAACGAUUCAUUUAACAUUUGUCAGUAGCACGGUGAAUACUUCGGGUCUGUGGAUGAAAUUCACCGCUGGUCAGCGAUGGUGUUCCACUCCGGCAGAUACAAGAUAAAGGUUGUCAAGUUAUUGAUCGUCCUGCCCGUAGUGUUCUCUCUGUACCAACUGACCAAGGUUACCGAUGUUCAUGUCACGGAUGUCGAGAUGACGUCGUUGACGGCAAAACAAACGCGCAGUCAUUACAUCAUCUACAACUGUGGCGGCAGAUUUGGACUGUGUGGUGGCUGGUCUGAUCGUGUUAUGGGAAUAUUGAUGACGUAUCUUAUAUCGCUCGGAACCAAUCGGAAAUUCGGAAUUGAAAUGACGUCACCACCAUGUAGUCUUACGUCAUACGUGGUACCUAAGAUGAUAGAUUGGUAUUCGGUUGUAGACGAAGUCGCACAUCUUGGGCAUACGGCGUCAAAAGGCUUCCAUAAUUUGUAUAAUAACGCUAAUCUUGUGUUUCAUGCGAAAACAGUUGACUUCGACAAGUGGUUAAGACAUGAUGUCACUUAUAUCACAUCAAACCUCGACUAUGUCGAUUCGCUUAAAAUGAACCCACGUUAUAUGAACGGUCCUCUAUCAUGGAUGAAGGGAAUGACAAGAGACCAAGUGUUUGCAAAAGCUUACGAAGAAAUAUUUCAACUCUCUCCCAGUCUGAAUAGGUCAUUAACAGAUUUCAUUUCCAAGGCGAGGCCAAAUUCGGAUUAUCAGCUGAUAUGUGCCCACAUAAGGGUAUCGGAAUUCGGACAACGAGCAACCACAUUGGAUGACGUCGAGUUAAUAUGGAACUUCCUAAGACAAUAUAACGACAUCAUGAGGUACAAAGUAUUCGUCACAUCCGAUUCGGAAGAUGUCCGAAAUAACGCUAAAAUAUUAUUCCCUCGUCAGAUCAUAGACACUGGAAUGUCUGUAUACGACAUAGAAGAUAACCCAGACGCACUUGGUUGUCAAGGUCUUGAGAAGGCGAUAUACGAUCAGCACGUCCUGAUGACGUGUGACGUUCUGGUGUUGACGUUCAGUGGCGACGGACGGCUUGCUGCCUACGUUAGAGGAACGUCCGAGGGACUAUUCUGUGUUGUGGACCACCGAUUGACAGAAUGUUCGCCGAGCGAGCUGAAAACAUUGUAUAAAGGGCAUGGGUGACUUGUUCUCUCUUUUUUUAUGAAAUUAAACCCUAAAACAUCUCAUUGUUAUGCCAUACUCUAACUGAUGAAUUAUCCCCAUUCAUGAGUGGCUGGGGUAGCCCAGAGGUUAAAGCGUUCGCUCGAAAGCCGGGUUCGAUUUCCC